AUGGAGUCAUUUCAAAUGGCCAAAGACAGUGCUCCUCUUUCCCUUUCACAAAAUUUCAUUCUUCCGGAGGAUAAUAGGCCACAACUCUCAAAAGUGUCAACUUUUGCCUCAAUUCCCAUCAUUGACUUGAGUAUUGAUCAUAGCAACCAAGAUGGUCCUUCCCAGAUUCUACUUGAUAAGAUAACACAAGCAUGUGAAGAGUAUGGCUUCUUCCAAAUCAUAAACCAUGGAGUCCCUCAAGACUUGUGCAAAAGAAUGUUGACUGCCAUUUCUGAUUUAUUCAAACUGCCUCCUCAAGAAAGAUCCAAGCUCUUCUCUACAGAUCAUACCAAAGAAGCCAGAAUUAUGAACUACUUCCUUAAAUUUCAAAACCAAGAGGUCACAAUGUGGAGCGAAAACUUUAAUCAUGUUUGGGAUCCUAAUGGAGAUUUUGUCACUUUGUUACCAGAAAAUCCUCCUAAUUAUCGAGAGGUUUUAGUUCAAUAUGCAAAGGAGAUUAACAAGUUGAUGGAGAUAAUUUUCGGCCUAAUAUCUCAAAGUCUUGGGUUGGAGAAGAAUAGCUUACAAAGCAAGUUAGGUGUGAAGCCAAUAUUGAAAGCACAAGCCAACUUCUACCCGCCAUGUCCAGACCCUGAGCUCACACUUGGGCUGGCUGUUCAUACUGAUUAUUAUGCUCUCACAGUGUUGAUGCAAUCAGAGGAAGUAAGUGGUCUCCAAGUGAUCAAAGAUGAGAAAUGGGUUGAUGUCAAACCAGUCCCAGAUUCAUUUGUUAUUAAUCUAGGUGAUCAACUUCAGGUACUAACCAAUGGAAGAUACAAGAGUGUGCACCAUAGAGCUGUGACCAACAAAAUGUUACCUCGAAUAUCACUAGCUAUGUUCUAUGGACCAAACCAGAACACAUGGAUUAGUCCAAUUGAAGAGUUGGUUGAUGAAGAACACCCUCCUCUCUAUCGAAGGUAUGAGUUUGCAGAGUUCAUAGAAGAAUUCCUAAGGCAAGAAGGAACGAGGCGAAUGGUGAAGGAAGCUUUCGAGUUUCGACAUGAAAAAAAAGCAUGA